AUUUAUAUAUUUAUUUAGGUGUCCCCAUAUGCCAUUGGCGGUGUGACAUUUAGCGAGCAAACACAAUACCCAGACAAGUGUGUUUUUUGGGGGGGGAUUGUAUGGUGAACUAUAUUGUUGUCUACGGAUUGAUUCGAUUCUUUUUUGUGUGUGCUUCCUGUCGUGUAUUGAUAUCCAUAUCUCAUCAAGACAAUGACGUUAUUUUCCAAACAUACAGCUGUAUAAUUUAAGUGCUCUAGUCACUAAUAUGUUGAGUUAAACAUAGGCCACUCUUGGUGUGUGACACCAUGAUUCCACCGUUUCAUCGCUUUUAUUCGGUACGUCCCCUUUAAGAGAACGACGGCACCUCGCAGGACGAGGCAGACAUUUUUCAAUGCGAGAUUUUUCCGUGCAUAAAUUAUGUUCAUGACGUAGUGCUAAAGGCCAAUUUUGUUGCAAUUUAGUCCGACUUUACAGCUCAGAUACGAUUUCGCGAGCCACCUCAAGGUUUUUUUUGAUUAUCUAAGCUGUUGCAGAGGAGGCCUCGUCAUUAAAUAUUAAGGCAGGAGGAGAUCCCAACGUUGCAACCCUCCUUAUCAAUGCAAAUGCCUCUUUUGUGUGCAGUCACAGCGCCCGUCUGGGAGCUGAGGUGAAUUUUUAAUUAUGUGCGACUGAAACAAACUGUGACCAGGACCUUUUAUAAAAAAAAAAGCGGGGGAUUACAGAAAACAAGCUGCGUUACCGCGAAUGUCAGGGAGACUGUGACUGCGGUGGUGCAGCGAGCCAUGAACUCCCAGGAUGCCCCUGCCAAAGAUGCCCCGCUUACAGUCAACGAGCAGCCAUUCACUGUCUGACUGCAGAAGUCUUUUUUCAGCCAUUUAAAUCCUGCACUUUGAAAUUCCCUGCAAAAACUACCAGGUCAUUGUGAUGUCAAGCCAUGAGACCAUUCGUGUACUGGAGGUAGAGGUCGAUGCACCUCUGCCAUCGUCAUUACCCGAUGGGAAGAUUGAAGUCAAAGCUGAGGAGGGAUCGGCUCGACCUGCAGAGCAAACGGAGGACGGCGGCACACACGACGACCCUGAUGUGACCCUGAGCACCAGGGCGGCGGUAGGAACCGACCCUGGCUUUGCUCCUGCAGUGCUGGGCGAGCAGCAGGUGGUGUCUGUUGAGGUUCCUGCACCUGCUGUCCAAACGCUGACCCCCUCUGUGCCCGUCAGUCUGCCGCUGAUGCAGCCCCAGGCCGCCAUGCCCAUCGCUGUACAAGGAUGUCCACAGGUGCUGACCCAGGAAGGUUUGGCCACUCUGAUGACGAGUAUGAUGGCCCAGACAGGAUCUCUGGGGCAGCCCUUGCUCAUCCCCAUCAGCAUGGCGGGUUCCAUCGGGGGCCAAGGAGGUCUGGCUGUUCUCACUCUCCCCACCACCAACGUAGCUACUCUCUCUGGGCUCACAGCAGCUAACACAGCUGGAAACCUUCUCAAACUGCCCUUUGCCGGCCUCCAAGCUGCGACAGUCCUGAACUCUGUCCAGCCCCAACUGCAGACAAGCCCUCAGACCAUGUUCCAGCCCCAAGCUGCCCUACAGCCAGUGCAGGUGACGUCCCAUCCAACGCAGGUGACCAACGCACAGGUGACCGGCGCUCAGGUGGCCUCGCACGCCAGCGCGGUCUCUCAGUCCAACAUAUCCUUAGCGGCCCUCCAGACCGCGGGACUCUCCAUCAAUCCCGCCAUUAUUAAUGCGGCGUCUUUGGGAUCUCAGCCCCAGUACCUCAGUUCCCUCACCUCCACUCCUAUCAUCACCAAUGCAAUGUCCAACAUGGCGGGAAUCACAAGCCAGAUCAUCACAAAUGCCCAAGGACAGGUCAUUGGAACCCUCCCUCUUUUAUUGAACCCUUCUCUGGCUGGAGCGACUGCAACAACCACCCUCCAGGGUCUCCAGGGUCUCCAGGGUCUGCAGGGUCUGCAGGGUCUCCAGGGUCUGCAGUGUAUACAGGGUCUACAGGGUAUACAGGGCUUGCAGGGUAUACAGGGUCUGCAAGGCCUGCAAGGCCUGCAAGGCCUCCAGGGCCUCCAGGUCCAGACUGUUACCCCACAACUGCUUCUCAACACCCAGGGCCAGAUUAUUGCCACAGUGGGGAAUGGGUCAGCAGUUGCAACUUCCACUGCAGUUCUGCCCAAAGCCGCUGCUCCGCCAACAUUUACCAAACCCAUCACACAGGCUUCGGUAACAACUGUGUGUCAGUCACCGAUUGUCAUCGCCCCGCAGCCGUCUGUACUGAGGAAUUCCACCACGCUCUCAACCGCAGUGCCCAUUAGCUGUGCAGACAUAGCAAAAGUGGGACAGCUUGUCAGCAAACCCCAGCAGGUGGUCAGCAGCGAGGAAGGCAUUAAUCUGGAGGAGAUUCGAGAGUUCGCCAAGAAUUUCAAGAUCCGUCGGCUGUCCUUGGGGCUUACUCAGACACAAGUAGGGCAGGCUCUUACUGCAACUGAGGGUCCGGCCUACAGCCAGUCUGCCAUUUGCAGGUUUGAAAAGCUGGAUAUCACACCCAAGAGUGCUCAGAAGCUGAAGCCCGUGUUGGAGAAGUGGCUGGCCGAGGCCGAGCACUGGAACCAGAAGGGCCAGCAGAAUCUGAUGGAGUUUGUUGGCGGUGAACCAUCCAAAAAACGCAAGCGGCGUACCAGCUUCACACCACAGGCGAUCGAGGUUCUUAACUCUUACUUUGAAAAGAAUGCACUGCCAACAGGUCAAGAGAUUACCGAAAUAGCGAGAGAGCUAAACUAUGACCGCGAGGUUGUGCGAGUGUGGUUCUGUAACCGACGGCAGACGCUGAAAAACACGAGCAAGAUCAAUGUGUUCCAGGUCCAGUAACGACCUCGUUCUGGGGGGGUUCGCCGCGGACGUAUGGGGCGUUUUUGGAAGUUGAACAUUUAAUACGGCAACACAGUUGUGAACUGUGUUGUAACUAUAAGCCAAACUCCAUUAAGGACUAUGUACUUUUAUAGAAAAUAAAGGAAAUUACACAUACUUCAAGUGUAGUGACAGAGUACUAAAAAAAAGAAGUUCAUAAUGUAUUUUAAGACUAGUUGUGUAUACAACUCCCGUGUGGUGGGUCUCAGUCAGACGGCAUGGGUCCAUUAUCAUAUAUAGUAAUGGUAAUACAGCGAUAACAACGUCAUAUUUAAAAACAUUUUAACUUUUAUACAGGUGAUUUUAUAGAAGGUCUCUCUUUGAAUAAUAAUAAUAAUAAGUGGCAGUGCAUUGAGUCACAUUGAUUUUAGUCACAUUGUUGUCACUGUGUCACAGGGAGUGACUUUAUGCUGAUAUUUGAAUAACAUGCUUUUGUCACCACGAUUAUGGUUUAUUUUGUAUUCAAGUAGUACUUGUACUACAUGAGCAGCUUUGCAAACACAAGCCUCUGUAGACUGAACGUAGGCAAUGGCAUAUCACCUUAUUUCCAUCAGAGAUUGUCGUCUAAUUAAUGCCAAAAUGGACGUUGCUAUCUAUGGAACCUUAACUCCAACAUUUUUUGGGGACAAUCAUGAUUUUGAUAUCUCUUAUUGAUAAUCACAAAGGUGAGCUUAACAUCUGUAGUCAUUUGUAGAGUAAUUUUUUAUGUUUCUUGCACAACACGUUUUUAUCAAAAUAUUAUUAUCGAUUGAGAUAUUGCUUAUGACACAACUAUAAACUGCUUUUUUGUAUUUCAUAAUGUUUGUUUAAUUUGAGAGUUACUAAUUGUGAGUGGAAUGUGUGUAAAUUCACCCUUUUUUACACUUUUUGUUUAAUGUGCUGAAGAUACUCUGCGAGUAUCUUGUGUUUCCUCUUCAUUCACGGUUGUAACUGUUCUCUCACUGGUUUGAAGGUGGUUCUGCAGCAUUUGUUUCAAAUCUCAAGUCCAAUUUGGACUAUUAUGAAGGCAGUUUAAAACAUUCUGGCAUUGGCCAGAAACAUUAGCAACAGGUUUUUAAAUAUUCCUACUAACCCCAAUAUUAAUUUAAAAAAAUGCAAUUAUCUGUUUAGCCAAGACAAAGGUUUUAUGUUAUGAUGACCUUCAAUCUGCAUGAAUAAGGAGAGUGCCAAUGCUAAUACUUCAAAAAAUUCUUUGCACUUUAGUGACAGUAGGGACAUUAAAAGGGAUACUAAUGGUUUAUGUACAGCGUAGUACAUACAGGUUAAGUUUUUAUGAAUAUGGGAGAAUUUAUUUUCCACUUUUUAAUGUUGUUGAAUCUUUGCUUUGCAAAAUGUAGCAGUAUUAGCAAAACUGCAUUCAUUCAACUAAAAAUCAACAUCUAUCCCUUACAUUGAUGUAAUUUUAUUAAGAAAUUUAAAAUACUGCAAUUUAAAUGUACAAGCUAAUAUGCAUUGGUCCCAUUUUUAUAUUCAAUGGUGCAUUUUUUUUUGGAACAAUUUUAAACAAAUGGGCCUAUUUUGCAAUGGACAUACAUGAUGCAUAAACAUUCAAAAUUAUAAAUAUUACAAAGUUCUUGCUCUAAUAUGUGUUUUUCCUUCUGUUCAAUAUGGGAGGACAAUGUAUAAUGUUGUUUAAUAUACUAAGUUAUCACUAGAGAAAAGAAGAGCUAAUUUACAGAGUUUGGGUCUUUGCGAGAAAAGAGAAAAAGUGGAGCUGGAUGUUUUUGUCAUUUUCUGUCAGACAAAUAAACCCUGGUUUUAUUAAUCCCUA